AUGGAGGUGGCAGCCGUGACUCCGGCAGUGUGGCGCUCGCUGGGGCAGGGCCGGCUCCUCCGCUGCGGGGCGGGUGCCCGGGAGAGGUGGCCCUUGCCCGCCGGAAGGGUGUCCCGCAGGCUGUGCAGCACGCGGGUGUCUCUGGAGGGCAUCAACAAGGCCGUGGUAGACCGCAUCAUCCGGGUGGACCAUGCCGGGGAGUACGGGGCGAACCGCAUUUAUGCGGGACAGAUGGCAGUCCUGGGCAGAUCGAGCGUGGGACCCAUAAUCCAGCAAAUGUGGAAUCAAGAGAAAGCCCACCUGAAAAAGUUCAAUGAGCUGAUGGUUGCCUACAGAGUUCGACCUACUGUUUUAUUGCCUUUUUGGAAUGUAGCAGGUUUUGUUCUGGGGGCUGGAAGUGCUUUACUGGGAAAGAAAGGUGCAAUGGCUUGCACAGUGGCAGUGGAAGAGAGCAUAUCAAAUCACUACAAUAACCAGAUCCGAACUCUGGUAGAAGAAGACCCAGAAAAGUACAAAGAACUAUUGCAGACAAUAAAGCAGUUUCGGGAUGAUGAGCUGGAGCACCAUGACAUUGGACUUGAGCACGAUGCAGAAGCAGCACCACUUUAUUCUGUUUUGAAGACAGCCAUACAACUUGGAUGCAAAGCUGCAAUAUUUUUAUCAGAAAGAAUUUAGUGAUGCUUUCCAUGCUAUUUGUGGUAAUAAACUGUGACAGAGAAGCGUGUGGAAAUUGCAG